AAACUUCGACCAGUCACUGAACAAUGUCUUGCGACAUUCAGAGCAAGCGUUAUAUUAGUUCUCAGGUUAAGUACUACGGUGACACCAACGUCCAGACAUUCUGCGUCACUUUGCUACGGUAUACUGUGUUCUUCAUGUUGAUGUCUAAGCAGCGCGUCCUGUCUCUUGUAAAAAGAGGUACAUCCCUCCGCCUGGCACAAGUACAGGCUUCCUGGCCCAAGGAUCUCAAGCGCAUCUUCUCUCGUAUAUACAGGAACAUAGAAGCCCGUGUCACCACUCACGAUGUGGGGAGCCAGAUUUGUGAUGUUUACUUUAGCGACGAUGUGGGGUUCGAGAUCUGAGAAAGUGACUUCGUGUUUGAAUUUGCAUGACGACCUGAAGUGGCGUUUUGCGUCUGCUAUCCUUGUGAAGUGGACUCCGCACUCCUUCUCGAAGGCUGAACACAACCAACGUCGGAUUUUUGGGCCUUCCUUUUGAGCUGAAACUCUUCGACGUUUCUGCUUUGGACGUGGACGGUAUUCAUCAUCAUCCUUGUCAUCCGAUUCGUGUAUGUAUUCAUCGUCGCUCUCCUGCCCGUGGUUGUUAACAUCCACCGCUUCCACCUUCCGCUUCUUACCACGAGUGCGAGGCAACUCGUCUUCGCUACGACCAUCUCGAAAACGCGUAGCAGGUUUCUGACGAACUGCGUGGGACGAUUGGGAUGCUUUGCGAUAAGCAUUUCCGGACGGCUUCCGAGUUUCAGGAGGGAUAUAAGGUGUGUCCUCCUGAUGUCGUUUGAUCACUUUCUUCUUCCUGGACUUGGUAACACGACCGUCGUGUGUCGUAUUGGCUCUCAGUUUCUUCCGCUUCUGACUCACGUUGGGCGAUGGUACUGCAACACCGGAUGAGCCCUCGUUAUGCGUUGGAUCGAUAGCGGCUUCUCCGACAGCAGGACCAGAGAAGCGCUCCGGAGAUGGUGCAUGCUGUGAUCUACGAAUCACGGGAUCUUCUCCAUCGUCGUCAAAAGGAUAAUGUGUUUCGAGCAGGCGAGGGCUCCCAUAUGUGUGAUGUACUGGCUUGGACGGAUGAAGAGGAGGGGUAUGAGGACUCAGAAGAGUCCAAUGGGCCAGUGACAUCUCGGCUAUGUAUCAUCUCCGGCGUUGACCAAGGCGGGUCCGGUGGACUUCUAGAAGA